AAGAGUGUCAAAUCAACUCAACGACUAAAAAACAUUUACGUUUACGUACAGGGCUUGUGUGAAGAAAAAAAAAUCAACACGAAACAAUAUCAAUAACUUGAACAAGUUGCUGGAUUUCCCCUGAGAUUUGCGCCAUCGAUGGUGAUCAGAUUUUGAAAGCGAAAUUGAUUGAACACCGCCUGCGCCUGCCGGUGUCAAUUUUGGUGGUCCCAUUCCAUUCGUCUCUGUUCGACUCAACCUCUCCAUCGCUAUAAAUCAUAAAUCUCUCCGGAAUCAGAUCACAUCAACGCACAAGUUUAGGGUUCAGCCGGUUGAUAUAAAGUUUCAGGAAACUACAGUGGCGGAAAUCGACGGAGAUUCUCAUAAUGUCGGAAAUCUUACAGAUCUUCCAACACUCUCCACCACCACACGUUGAAUUCCAUGGCCAUGAGUUUAACUGCUCGAUGGAUUCCGGUCUUCCCUCGCCUGUCAUCACCGAUCAUUUUCAGUGUUCAGAGUUCGCCGGAAGUCCUUUCACCAACUUCUUGAGUUCGUCGGUUGAUGAAUUAUCGAAGGUGACCACCAUCAUUGGGCAUAAUCAGAACUUGAACAAGAGAAAACUUGAGUUUGAUGAUGAUGUAGAAGUGGACUCUCAAAAGCAAAGAAAACCCAACACCAAGACUGGAAAAUCAAAGCCAAAGACUGAUUACAUUCACGUGAGGGCUCGUCGUGGAGAAGCUACAGAUAACCAUAGCUUAGCAGAAAGAGCAAGAAGGGAGAAAAUAAAAAAGAGAAUGCAAUUUUUGCAAGAUAUGGUUCCAGGGUGCAACAAACUCACCAACAAGGCAGCAAUUCUUGAUGAAAUUAUUAGUUAUGUUCAAUGCCUUCAAAUGGAAGUUGAGUUGUUAACCAUGCAACUUGCUGUUUCAACCACUACUCCUACACUUCAAGAUGACAACUCAUUGAUAUGACUCAAUCAGCAACUAUUAAACAUCCACUUAAUCAGAAUUAAGCAUUUUAUAUAGUGUCUUAAUAGCUAUAUCAUAUUGCGUAAACAGAGGAAUUUUGGUAGAAGGAUCAGAGACCCUGUUUUUUUGUCCACGUUCCAACUUAAGGAGGCUUACUUAUUACUUAUUUCUUAACCUUGUUUCUCAUUGUUUAGUUUACCCAAACAUUAUUCAAUGAUUUGUUUCAAUAAAACAUAUAUAUAUAUUAAAUGAGAUUAAAUAACACCAAUCCAUAUAUGUAUGUCAUGACUACAGUGUCAUUCUCAUAAUCUCAUUCACAAGCUGGUUUUGUGUCAAAGCUACUAAGACAAAUCGCAAAGGCUUGAAAAGCAGACAACGGGUACCCAUAAUCCAUAGUGAAAAUAUCUUGUCCAAUUUUCCCAAAUUGUAAAAUCACUCGAUCUUUUUCUUCAUUUGACACAUUGUAACAAUCUUCAACAGAAGCUCCAAUCUGAAAGUUUUUAACAGAAGCAACUGUAACUCGCCCUUUGAAAUUCAAACACCAACAUUGUAACUGUUCAUGCCAUCUUGGGGAUUUGUUUUUGAGGACUAAAGAGUCUUUUAUAGUGGAAUUGGAAUGAGAUGGUUUUUCACUUUGUUUUAUUGAAUGUGAGGAGGAGAGAGAAUGUGGGAAGGAUUUAGGAGUGGGGGCAGUGCCCCCUUGUUGAAUUGAGGAAAUGGGAAUGUAAUGCAUUGAACAGUUCAUUCUUCUGGGGCCUCUUGUACGGAGUACAUUGAGUUCAUAUGUGAUAGUGGCAAUAUUGUAAUUAUAUGCUGUUAAACGGGGAGAUAUUUGAUUUGUGUUGAUCCUUCGAGUUGAACGGGUGUGAUUUGGUUCAAAUGAUUCAUCAUUUGGAGGUUGACUAUCGUACAUUAUGAAUUUUGUUCCAAGAAAAUUGGACCUAUUGUCAAAAGAUUUCUUUAAUAAGAUUUAAAUGGUGUAAAAAAGGGAUUUGAAAUUUCCAAAACUUGCCUUAAUUUGCCAACAUAAGCAGAGCUAGCUCGAGAAAAAUCAUCUGCAACCAAAGAAAUCAAGAAUUCUGUACUUGUUGCCCUUCGGAUUUUCUUGGAUGCUAACAAUAACUUAUCACUCUCAUCUUCAGCUGUCAUUAAAGUAAACUUAACGAACGUAACAUAUGAAUUCACAUCUUAAAGUUGAAUUCUUUCAUAAAAUUAAGCAUCAUUACUUACAUGGAGUGAGUCCAUAGUACAAACGAAAAGUAGAAGUUGCUCGAUCUCUUUUUAUGUAGCACUGAAUUGGAGAAUCACGAGGACCCGGCUGUUUUAAGUUGCAGAAACAUAGGUGCAAUCAACAAUCAAGAAUGAAGAAUGAAGAAUGAAGAAUGAAGAGUGAAGAUAACAAAUUACGAAAAUCUAACCUGUUUUAAGGAGAUGGGGAAUGUUAACCUUCCACAUUCUUCAGGAGUUUUAACAAUCUCUUUAGUGAUGUCUCUCCAAGGCUUACAGACUGAUGCACAAUAAACAACAACAGUUCUUGCAGGCCAAGAUGUUUCACUCUCUUCAACUCUACGAAUUAUGUCUAAAAGCAAUUCAGGAGGCAAGUGUGCCCAUUGGCCUUCGGUUGUUGAUUCUAAUGGAGGUACAUCAGGGGCAAUAUGUGAUGAUCGAGUACAAUUUCUCCAGUGUUUUCCUUCAACUCCUCUUCUUGACAUGCUUCCGAUCACGUCUCUCAUCUCCUUCAGCUCGCGAACAAUGUUUUUGAAUGACAUUUUUUAGUAGUAGCUUAACCUGAGGCAGAAACCCUAGAAACGUUUGGUAGAGUUGUAGAGUUUAAUUAUCAAUUUUGAUGUAGUACAGAUAGAUCUGAGGCGAUGACUUUACAAAACUGCAUUGCUGACUUUGAAUCAUGUAAGGUGUGAACUCUGAGAACUUGUCGUAUUUUACACCUUGUUUUUUAAUUAUCCUUUGACCAAA